AUGCCUGAAAAGAAAAAUCAAAUGGAAAACUUAAUACAAGGACAAAGAGAUUUACAUGGGAGGAUCUCACGCGUAGUGGAAAAUCUCCGGAAGCUGGGGCAAGCCAACAUCACCGCUGGCGCCGUUCAAUCCCGUUUGGCCAGCCUCGAGAGCUGUUGGAACAAGUUCGAAGAGCAGGACAAAACUCUUCGUACGGUUCACCGGGAAGCUGUGAGCGAUACCUCUUACCUGACGGAAGAUUUCUUUAGCCUCGUGGAAGAGGCAUACCUCAAUCAGAAGGGGACAUUACUCGACUGUUCCACUCGACUUUCUCGCACUCCACAAGCCGAACCGAGAGCGGAUCCGUCAGCAUCACGAACCACGCUACCUAGAAUACAGCUGCCAGAAUUCACGGGGAGGUAUGAAGACUGGCCCGCCUUUCGAGACUUAUUUCAGUCCCUCAUCGGCAAGGACAGCAGUCUAAGCGAGGUAGAGCGACUUCAUUACCUCAAGGUAAGCCUGAAAGAAGAUGCAGAAGCGUUAAUUAAAAACUUGCCUACAACGGCGGAAAAUUAUCGACGCGCGUGGAAAAUCUUGUGCGAACAGUUCGAGAACAAAAGACUACUAGUGCGAUCUUGUUUAACUAAAUUUACCGCGUUGCAAAAAAUGAAAUCUGAAACGGCUACUGAAUUGCGGAAAGUACUAAACGGCGCGUCCACAACUGCCGGCGCGCUGGAGAGCAUCGGUCGUCCGAUAUCGAGCAGCGAGGACCUUUUCGUUUUUUUUGUAGUGGAGCGGCUCGACGCUCGCACUCGCCGAGAAUGGGAAAACUCUAUCAGCGAGUCGACCAACCCCCCGACUUAUGAAGCUCUUAAGCGCUUCCUCGAUCGCCGGCUCCAAACGUUGGAAGCAAUUCAGCCGGGAAAAUCAGAGACGCCUGCGACCAAAUCUACGGAAACGGGAAAUAAAGCCUCGCGAUCUCAUCAUGUGCAAAAACGAGAGCCCGGUUUCUCGCGAUGCGGAAUCUGUAAGAAGGAGCAUGCUCUGAUGUUGUGCGAUGUAUACAAGGGCAAACCCGCUCGGGAACGAAAACAGUACGUCGACAGUAACUCCCUUUGUGAGAACUGCCUCGGACGACACAAGGUCAACGAUUGCCCGUCCAAAAGACUGUGUUCGGUGUGCGCCGAAAAACAUCACACUUCACUGCACGAUGCUUUCCGAAAAACUCCGACGGAGCCCGAGACCGCUAAGACCGAGAGUGUGACAACCGCGCAUGUUGCGCGAAACUCUCCGCGUACUCAACCGUCGGUACUUCUUGCUACCGCUCGAGUUCAAAUACUUGAUCGCUACGGGAGAUCAAUCGACGCGCGGGUUUUAAUCGAUCAGGGUUCGGAAGCGACGAUCAUAACGGAAAAUCUCGCUCAAAGACUAAAACUUCCACGAAGACAGACUUCAGUCGCAGUGUUCGGAGUGGGAGGCGACCAGACGGGAGUCGCGAGGGGCAGUGUCGUUUUGAAGAUCUCACCGCGCUCGGGGGGAGAAUCAGUGACGUCACACGCGAUCAUAUUACCGCGGCUCACCGAAUAUUCGAGUGUUUCAGACGCACCGUUUGAUGAAUGGCCUCAUAUUCAAGGACUCGAGCUCGCAGAUCCGGACCUCACAUCGACUGACCCGAUCGACGUCUUGCUUGGCGCGGACGUCUACUCAUCAAUAGUGCUCGAGGGAUUACGCAAGGGGACCCGCUUGCAACCCGUUGCACAGAAGACCAUUUUUGGAUGGAUCCUACUGGGUCAAUUCAAGCCAGCUGAGGAGGAUCAAAGGGUGUCGAGUCACCAGUGCUUACUCGGCGAAUCCCUCUCUAACCUCGUCAGGAAAUUUUGGGAGCAGGAGGAGCUUCCGAUUUCACCCACACCUCUCACGCUCGAAGAACAGGAGUGCCAAGAAUGGUUCACCCGAACACACCAACGAACUCCCGACGGUCGCUAUGUCGUUCGCUUGCCUGUACGCUCGACCCUGCCGGACCUAUCGGAGACUCAAUUACAACAACGUCUCACCUGCCAGCAAGGGUCUGCUACCUCCCGCAUCACGGAGUGUUCCGAGCCGCAAGUACCUCGACGCGCCUCCGAGUAG